CGCGUUCAGCCUGGUUCCUGGUUCCUGGGCACCCCUGGAACUGAUCAGCCGAGCUCUGGUGGCAUGUGACACAUGCAGAUGGAGUUGGGCUUGGGUUCCUCCAUUUUUCAGUGGAGGUGAGGGAAGAUGAUAUCGCAGGAGAUGUGUUGAGGCAGGUUUUCUGGAUGGGAUCAUGGACAUCAAAGCAUAUUUUGAAAGAAUUGGUUAUAAGAACUCUAGGAAGAAAUUGGACUUGGAAACAUUAACUGACAUUCUUCAGCACCAGAUCCGAGCUGUUCCCUUUGAGAACCUUAACAUACAUUGUGGAGAACCCAUGGAGUUGGGGUUACAGGCCAUUUUUGAUCAAAUUGUGAGAAGGAAGCGUGGAGGGUGGUGUCUCCAGGUCAAUCAUCUUCUGUACUGGGCUCUGAGCACAAUGGGUUUUGAGACCAUGGUAUUGGGGGGGUAUGUUUACAACACUCCAGCCAAAAAAUAUAGCAGUGGCAUGAUUCACCUUCUACUGCAGGUGACCAUUGAUGGUAGGAAAUACAUCGCUGAUGCUGGGUUUGGACGAUCCUACCAGAUGUGGGAGCCUCUGGAGUUAGUUUCUGGGCAGGAUCAGCCUCAGGUGCCUUGCGUCUUCCGUCUGACAGAAGAGGAUGGAAUCUGGUACCUGGACCAGAUCAGGAGAGAGCAGUAUGUUCCCAAUGAAGACUUUCUUAAUUCUGAUCUCCUGGAAAAGAAUACAUACCGAAAAAUCUACUCCUUUACUCUUGAACCUCGAACAAUUGAAGAUUUUGAGUCUAUGAAUAUUUACCUGCAGGAAUCUCCAUCAUCUGUGUUUACAAGCAAAUCAUUUUGUUCCUUGCAGACUCCAGAAGGGGUCCACUGUUUAGUGGGCUUCACCCUCACCUAUAGGAGAUUCAGUUAUAAGGACAAUGUAGAUCUGGUAGAGUUUAAGACUCUGGAUGAAGAAGAAAUAGAAGAAGUGCUGAAAAAUAUAUUUAGUAUUUCUUUGGAGAGAAAGCUUGUGCCCAAACAUGGUGAUCGAUUUUUUACUAUUUAAGAUACAAAACAAAUCUAUUUAUAUUUAUUACCCAGCUCACCCAACUGAUGACCUAUCAUAUUUCCUCUAAACCCCUACAUUUUUUUGAAGGAAAUCCUGGAUGUGAAAUCAUUUCACCCAUAAAAAAUGCCAGCAUAUCUAAUUAAAUAUCUUUUUAUAGAAACAUAACCACACACAUUUUCAAAUGAAUAAUAAUAAAGGUGUUGUAAGGUUAGUCUGUGGUAAUCUUGGGAACCAUAUGGUUUAUGCUAGAGAAGUUGGAAUAUUGUGUUAUUUUUUAAUUGAUAGAAAAAAUUUAGUAGUGAUAGGUAAGUAUUGUGGAAAAACUUACUGUCUAUAAAAUAUAUUAAAUCAUUGUUUGGCUAAUACGAUGCGAAUAAAACUUCUUGUUUGGAAGACAUAGGAUAUUAUGGGGUGAGGUGAUAUUUCCUCAAUGGAAUCAUCCUCUCGUCUUUUUUGUCUCC